ACUUAAUAGAAUAUGCGAAUCGAACGUCAGUGCCCGUGAGCUUCGCAGUCAAAACCUGUAUUUCAUUGACAUUUCGCACGGUUAAAUUUCUUCUCUGACAUUGUCAUCGCAAUACAAUUACGAAGUAGCGCAUGAGAAAGCUUGUGGGGUUUACUCAAUCAUGACUUCGGAAUACUUCAACAUCAAGCGCAAGGAGGUCCCGAAUUCAGCAGCCUUAAUGGAAGAACCGAAAUCGCCAAUUCUUACCGACGAGGACGAGAGAUUUCUUGAGUUGAUCACUUCAGACGAACAACCACCGCCGCUGCCUGAGCGACCUGCUGUGAUUUUUGACACUGCAGAGAAGGCAAAGCCAAAAGAUGCCCAAAUUGCUUUGAUGGAUGGCGCGAACAAGAUUCCUCUACCACAAUCCCCUCCACUAGACGCCGAGGCUGAGCCAUCAAAAUCGGAGGAAGUGAAGCACAAAGAGAGCAAGACGCACAAAAAGACUGAAAGCUAUCUCAGUUAUGUCCGCACUCUCCCGCAAAGAUUUGGAGGCAAAAAAGGUAAAAGUAAGGAGCAAGCAGGCUCCGAUCUCCAGGCUGCCGUCGAGGCAGCGAAGAAGGGUGAGAUCGUCACAACAGACCCCGCAGCAUCAAAUGAGAUAGAGAAGACGAAGGAGGAGCAGGAUUUGACUAGCGUGCUCGACCAAUUGAAUCUCUCUGCGGUUAAUAAUCGCGCAUUCAGCUUCUCAGAGAAGUCUCAGAAGAUGAUGGCCGAGUUCACACAGAUCCUCAAAGACAUUGUUAAUGGUGUACCUACGGCAUACGACGACCUCGAGAAGUUUCUCAAGAAUUGGGAUGAGUACCUUCGCAAGAUGUACGACGAUCUUCCAGACUUCUUAAAGAAUCUAAUUAAGAGUUUGCCGUCGAAAAUGAGCGCGAGUAUAGCGCCAGGGCUCUUAGCCGCGGCCUCGGAGAAGCCGGGUGCGGACGCGAAGGCGAUGGACGUAACAACAGAAAGCAGGGAUAAGAAGCAUUCGAAGAAGAAGAUCCCAUCACUGAAGAAGCUUGUAUCCGCGCAGGGCGCUGUGACCGGGAUGCUGAAGAGUAUACUCAACUUUUUGAAGCUGCGCUUCCCAGCCGUUGUGACCGGUACGAAUGUACUCAUGUCCUUGGCUGUUUUCCUUCUGCUCUUCGUUUUCUGGUACUGCCACAAGCGCGGUAAAGAAACUCGGCUCGAAAAGGAACGCCUUGCUGCUCAGGACGCGGCCUCUGACUCUGACUUUGAACAAACGUCAUCUGAGCUCGAAGACAGCACUUUGCUAGAGAACGAAGCGAAGGUACAGAGGAUUCUCAAUCAACCUCCGCCAACGUCGGUUUCCCCUGCCAGCACCUAGCCCUUCGGAGGAUAAGAAUUAGGAUCGCUUGCUCAACUGCGUCCGUAGUGUUUCGUGAUGUCGGCGCUUGGAAUUUGAAUGCGUCGUUGAAAUGAGAAUACCCACGCGCUAACCCGAAGUGAUAUAAUAAGAUUGAGGAACAAAACAUGAUAAAAAUUUGUGUACGAUUUGAUUAGGAAAAUCAUUUAAUUACUCUUUUGCAAGGGUAGACACUGAGCCGCAUUUGGUGUGUCCGAUCACGAGCCCGUCGCUCAGCAUCACACCGUACUUGUGUGUGUCGUCCUCUCGCGUAUGACAUCGAGAAUGUGGCCAAGGGGAAUGAAGAGAAUGGCGCGCCACAACGUAUUGCACAUCAGCACGUGUUGAAGCUGGAGUAAGAUAGGCUGGUUAAGUUU